GAACCUUAUGUUGUCUCCUUGGAUGCAGCCAUAACCGACCAAUUUGAAUACCCUGUUCUAUAUCAUAACAGGGCAUCUUUUGCUCACCAUAAUGUCGCUGCGGUACAUGCAGCAGGACAAUGCUAUGAAGCUUCAACAACAAUAGUUCUCAUUGCUGCUCCACUAAUCAUCAAAGUCCCAGACCUGGGAGAUCCUCUGGUAUCUGUUCCUGGUUCAAGGUGGAGAGGGGGGUUAGCUCCUAGUUGUACCAAUGAUACUAUUGUUCCAUACCAUUACGGAAUAAGAUUCGUGUAAUAAAUGCACUUCCUUGGGAAUAAAAAAAUCGAUCUACUGGGGACUUUUUGGUGGGCGAGGCAGUUCACCAACCGUAAUGGCAACUAAGUUUGAUAAUUAUCAAAGGUGUUAAGUAUUUAUUUGAG